GCAGUUGCAGUGUCGGUUAGUACGUAUCGCGGGUUCGAACCCCACACACGUUGUGUAGUGUAGUGUAGUGCAGUGGAGUGAUUCGUGCUUACUAGAGAUGUGGUGGCUGGUUAAGAUGACCGUGUUUUUACACUGUGUCCAGUCAGUGCGUAUAAUGAACAUUAGAGUGCCAGAAGUAUUCCAGUACGGCACAAAAGACGCUAUAACUCUGGACUGCGACUUCGUGACCAACAACGUCACAGGGCUGGUGGUGAAAUGGUUCUACAUGGACCGGUCGCAGCCUGUGUACCAGUGGAUACCUCCCCAAAAGCCUCAAGCUUUGGGACUUUUGAAGAACAAGUUGGACCUGUCAUACAAAGUGUCUCAGAAUCCGUACACUCAGCACCGAGCCCUCCGCGUGCUGUCCCCGGGCACGGAGCUGACCGGCAACUACACGUGUGUGGUCUCCACCUUCCUGUCCGAGGAUGAGAGGACCCGCCCCAUGACCAUCUUUGUGCCGGAGACAAGAUUCGACAUGAUCCAGGACCGACUCAGCGACGGGUACCUAAACAUCAUCUGUUCCGUUGAAGGAGUGUUUCCGAGACCAGAACUCGUCAUCAUGGCGGGAAACAGACCCCUCAAUGCCAAAUCAACCAUCAAGAUCAUCGAGGGUCGGUACACGGCUCUCACCAGCGCUGUUGUCAAGAUAGACGCACUGCCGCCCACCGUGGAGAUACUGUGCGACAUGAAUAUACCGCUAGCAAACUACUUCAGUAGGAAGAGGGAUAUAUUUUAUCGAGAUCCACCGCCCGCCGACCAAGAGGGAACUGUGAUACACGCGCAUACAGCCCGAGAUCAUGGUGCCACAAGAAAAUCCAGCCCGAUCCUGACUCUGAUAUCCUGUAUAGCUCUGUACUGCUAUUUGAAAAUUACGUGACGUCAUUUACUACCAAUAUUAAUUAAGUUGUUAAAUAUUUAUAGAGGAAUAUCAAAUACGUGUAAUUAUACAGCGAAAUAUUAUAAACAUAAUUUAUAAGAUAACCAAAAAAUCAUAAUAUAAGUCACAAUUCAUUUGAUUUAAUUGGAAUGUGACCCGCACCACCUGGUGUUUUGAAAGCUUUUAGGGAAGUAGAUUCAACAAUGGUAUGAUGAUACCAGAAUAAAGUUCGAGAGGACUUGGGUUCUAUUCCCACCCUUUCGACUUAAUCGUACCCACUCCUAAUCUUUCUUUUAAGCAUUUCUCUUAAUUAGAAGGAAGACUUUUCUAGUAAUAUUUAAAGACAUGAAAAAAAUCAAACAUAGUAAUACUUAUGGCAAUGUAAUAACUAGACAAUAUUGGUAUCUUGACUUAUUAUUACAGUUUUAUUCUAAAACUUUCGGAAAGACAGGACAGUAGAUCCGAAAGAAUCUACCGAGAUAUAUUUAUAUUAAGUAUUGUUAAGAAAUGAAUGAACCCAAACUACAUGGGUUUAUCUUUUAUAUAGCUACCUUCUACAUCUAUUAUUAGCCCAGCUCCACCGUACUAUAUAUUGUACCACUAAUUAUUACGUUGUUUGAAAAGAUAAAUAAUAAGUUCCAAGACUUGGCCAGAUAAAACAAGUUAAAUUAAAGCUUAUAAUAACGCAAUAUUAUAAGUAUAAUUAUAGUAAAAGUAAAGUAUAAAGUUAUCUUUAUAAUAAAAAUACUGAAAUUAUACAGUCAAAUUAAUUAUGAGAAAAGAGAAAGCUAACACCUUUUUCUUAAGAUAAAGCAAGACUACUUUAAACUUUAAUAACACUUUUGUUCAUAAUACCCGUUAAGUUAUUCUUUAACUUAUUGUAAGAUAUUCAGCAGAAGUAAUAGAAACAACAAAAAUUAAUUAUCAUUUCAAAACCAAGAGCAAUUUACCAAAUUGAUGGAAAAAAUUAAUAUAAAUUUUCCAAAGAUUCAAGUCACUAGUCGUAAAAUAAUAAAUUCUAUUGAAAUAUUA